AUGGUUAGAAUAAAACAGAGAUACAUCCUAUUCGAUAUCUUAUAUGCUCCAUCAGCUGAUGAUAGAAUUACAUCAAGAGAAGAUUUCAAUGAAUUCAGUCAAUCUGAACUGAAUGCAUUGCUUUCAUUACAUCAAUCAUCACCAUCAUCAAUAAGUCAAAAAGCCCUAGUUCUGGCUAUACGGAAAAGUUUACAAACGCAUUUUGGAGAUUUCGGAGUAGGAUGUGCAGGAAUGCAAUUGCAAGUUAAAUAUUUUUCCAAUAAGACAUCUACAGGAAUAGUUCGAUGUGGUAGAGGUCAUUUUGAAUUGGUGGUGGCUGCACUUGCUUUGAUUCAAAGAAUAGAAGAUCAAAAUGUGAUAAUACGAUGUACACAUGUAAGUGGAACGAUUAAAAAGUGCGAACAAUAUUCUAUUAAAAAAACUAAAGAGUUGAUGCAUUUGGUUAGCAGAAGUGAAAAACAAGGUAUAUCUAAAUGGAUGUCUAGUUUUAAGGAGAGUGAUGAUAUAAAUAUAAUAUCAGAUCAUGAUCGAGAUGAUGACAAUUAG